AUGAUAGAAGGCGGACCGUCCGUAGAGCAUCCUUCGAGUGGCUUGCCCCAGAGGUCACUUCUGUGUUCUGCCUUUCAUCAGCUACUAACUGCUAAAACGCUUAGACUAAAAAUCGACAAUGUUGGUUUUGUUGCUGUACUUGCAGUGCAAAGAUAUUUGGCCGAACAACAAAUCGCUAUUGACAAAUGUACUGACAGCUAUUGCUAUGAUGUUACCGUCACUGACGGAGUCUGGCAAGCCAAAUGUUAUCUUGCAAGUAAUCUCAACUAUCUGGUGCAAAAGAAUAGGCUUCGGAGUGGCAUUGAUAUACAGUUAACGCAGUGUUCAUUUCUUUACAACGAAAGGAGAGUGGGACACGGUUUGGUUUGCAUAGAGGGGAUAGAAUUUGGUAGUGAGCACUCUGACAUUCUCCGCUCCAUAAAAGACGUCGACGCUCUACAGGUGUGGUCAAAAGAAGGCGAUGUGACUGCUAUAGUGCAAAACGAUGCGCCCCUUCAGUUGAGUCGGAAAUACUACUUGUCACUGUGGAAUAAUGAGGAUCCCCAUGGUAGAUUGUGGAUCCCUUGCAUUCCGCCAACAGACGUGGUGUUGGACGUGUCAAAGAUGAUUCUCCUAAGUGAUCUAGAGUCUGUCUUUGGAAGCUCCCAUCGGUAUCUGCCUCUCCUUGUGAGAAUAUUACAUAAAUCCAGACUAAGAUUCUAUGGAAAGAUGGAGACAAAGAUUGACAUCCCUUUUCAGGCCUACUUCGAGGUGGCAGACCAGAGUGGCUCGAUGUCCAUGGUUCUGUGGAACGCAUUGUGCCCUGAGUGGUAUCAGAGGCUAAAUGUGGGCACGGUUCUGUACCUUCAGAACUACACCCUCAAGCGGAGCUACCCGAACAGGUCUCGGCCUUGUCUCGCAGACCCACAGAUGAAGACCUUCACCUCAGUUGAGAUAUGCUUGAAUUCUCGAGAUCCUGCAGUUGUCAUCGACGUGAUACCACCCAAGAGUGUGAAACCUCAGUGGGGUUUACCUGACGUAACACACCAGUUCAUCACCAGAUCUGAAUUGGAUAGCUUGCCCAACAAAUGUGCCUGUGAUGUCAUCGGCCUUGUCACUUUUGUAGGACGCUGUGAGCGGAUCAGGAACAAGGGGACCACAGCCCCUGAGAAAUACUGGACAUACCGCUGGGUUCACGCUGUGGAUGGAACAUCAAACCUUCCCUUUGUUCUGGAGAUUUUUGCUUCGUCACAGCCUGAAAUAUUUAGUGGAAUAUGUCCAAUGACAUACCUGGUGUGCACUCAGAUGAGGGUGUGCCGAGAGUCAGAAAGCACAGUUUAUCUCACCAGUUCUUGUGAGACUCUGAUUUUCACCACUGGAUAUCACAAGGGCAAGCCAUAUGUGUCCGACCCAAAAGUGAAGAGCUUCAUCCAGUGGACCAAAACUCUGAAAGACAGUGUGAUGCUGAAGAAGACAGUCAUUGGAGGCCAUUACCGUUUCCCACCCUCACCCUCAGUUUUCACCCAGACCCUAGCUGAUGGUGUGGCUGAUGUUCCUGUAAUUGCUGCAAGUGAACUGCAGAGGGAGGUAGAAAGCUUGCAGUACCGGGAACACAAGCGGCUGGCCAUACAGGGACAGAUCACAGCUGUCCAGUAUGUGGCAUGGCCAGAGGAAGACCAGGCCUCUGCACAGUCUGCUGAACAGGCUGGACUCGAGAGCACCCCCUCUGGGCCGACAAAUGUCAACACAGGGCCCCCACCACUGGGGGACCGUGGGGCGGUAACAGUAACAGUGACGGAGGCCGGCGCGGACAGUGAUGCAGGGCCGUCCGCAGGGAACCCUCCGCCGUGCAAGCGAAAGAAAAGCCGCCGCAGGAAGAGAAAGGUGAAACGGCGCUACCUGACUCAAGCCACGAUGCCAGAGGAAAGAGAAUCCAGGCAAGGAUGCAGUACAGAAGGGGACCUCCAGGAGGUGGAGGAGGAGGAGGGAAGCAAUUCUGAAUUUGAGGAGGAGCAGAAGGAGAAUGAGCCACAGGAAGGAGACCCAGGCUGCACCAGAGCCAGAGAACUACAAUGUCCCACUGAGGGAAAGCAGCCGGGUGACCGCCAUGGUGCAUCAUGGGAAAGCAGCACAUGGGCGAUGCUCAGAGAGAGUGUACCGACGCACUUCAGUUUCAAUAGCCUGCAGCCGGAGAGCGUUCCUCGGAAAUUCAGCUUUGAGGACAGAGAGUACCUGCUGCAACAAAGCAACCUUCAUCCAACCAAGUGGUCACCGCACGAGUUUCACCCUGAUCAAAACAUAAACAGAUACUCUCCGGUGGCCUGCAAUGGCUAUUUCAAAGUCACAGUGCUAGGUAUAAACCAGCAGACAGCCAUUGAUGUGAUAUUUGUGCCAGUGUUGUCCUCUGAAGACCCCAGGAGUGUCGGGCUACCCAGAGACCCCCAUGACAACACGCUGCUGUCCUGCUUGUCAACGGGCUUCGUCAGCCCGCUCAGGACCCCCGCAGACAAGGACCAGCCCAACCACCCUAACCCAGGUGACAUUAUUCAAACAGCAGCUGAGCUGGAAGCCAUGCACGUUGUGUGCCUCAUUGAUUUCUGUCACCUGGGAGGGGAGAAGGUGGAGGUCUUCAUCAACAAGGUGUAUAAAAUGACAGAUGUUGCUUUUGUGUAAAUUCCUGAUGGACAGAACCCAAGGCAGGAGGGACUGGUCGUUAUGAAUUUUUUUGCACCCCAGUCAUCUGCAAAUGAAAAACAAACAUUUUUAAAGUAAUUAUUUAUGUAAAACAUGAGAGUGGCCUUAUUAGGGCCCUGUAGGACUAUAGUGGCCCUAUAGGACUAUUUGUUCUUUUUUGUUUU